AUGUCGCGCCUGGAAGAAUCCCUAAGAGAGCCAGGCACAAGGUCGUCCAGGUCUGAUCCGUCAUUGAUCGACCUUAGAGCCUCGCUUGCCCCCUCGGAUAAGUCUAAUGCCCCAUCACACUCGCCCACAGCGGCCCCAGAGCAGGUGGCGACCAGGUCGAUAGCCUCUCACGUGGAAGGGCGGCGUGCCCCAGUCCUCGACCAGCAAAAGCAGCUGGAACAAUCUCGUAAACGACCGGCCGAGUACGACCUGGACGGACAGCCCCAAACACGUCGCGCACCUUCUCGAGCCAGCGAGCCACGAGAUGAGCUUGGCCAGAGUCCGCAGGAUAGGAUGCUGGCUUCGCUCGAUCUUCAACGUUACCUCCUGUCGUCCAAGCGUGAGAGCCGUAUAGUCGACGCCGAUCGCCAAGCUGUGCUUGAAGCAGCCAUUUCAGUGGCCAAGCGAGUCACAGGGGAAGCGGCAGCGGAAUCAGAUUGCCAUUGCCGCACCAAUCUUUACGAUCCGUCCAUGUAUCCCACAGCAGAAUGUAUCAAGGAGUGGUUCAAUGUCCUACUUCUUGCACUUCUUCAGCUGUAG